CUGGGAGGCUAUCACAACGCGUCAAAGUAUUUAUCUGUCCAUUCGCAACCUAUUUGAAGCUCUUCAUAGCGACACAUUGACCUUCUAGCUUCCACAUCCAACAAACAAUGAACGCACUCUUCAACUCUGCCUUGCGGCAGUCCACCCAGAUUCGUAAAGAUCUGGACCAGUUUGCAGACAGCGCUGCGCCUUCACCACAGCUCCAAGCGCAGCUCAAUGCAACCUUGGCAACAUUCUCCCGCACAAUCGACGACUAUGGCAAGCUUGCAAAGCAAGAACCUGUACAGACGAAACAGGAGAAGGCGUUCGAAAGACUCAAGAACUUUCGCGGCGAGUUGGACGAGUACCGUGAAAGUUUCAAACGGAUAAAGAGCGCGAAUGAAGACAUCAGGACUACAGAAGCGCGUACAGAACUACUCGGCCGCCGCCCUCAUCAUGCUGCAACACCAGAGAAUCCUUAUGCGCAAUCGAACAUCAACGCAAACGCAAACACACACUCGCCUUUCGCACCAUCACAACCCUACGACCCGAACGCGCCAUACCGACCGAAUCCAUACUCUGCAGGUGCGCCACAGGGCGGUGAAUACGAUCGUGAAGGCCAUGUGCUGCGCGAGAACACGUUCUUCAACCAGACCUCGAACCAGCUUGAUGAGUUUCUUGAUCGCGGCAGAGCGGUGUUGGGAGACCUAGGACAGCAGAGGGAGAUGCUGAAGGGCACACAGAGAAAGCUAUACAGUGUGGCGAACACGCUGGGUAUCAGUGGUGACACCAUUCGCAUGGUGGAGCGCAGAGCAAAGCAGGACAAGUGGAUCUUUUACGGCGGUGUAGUUGUCUUUUUCCUGUUUUGCUGGCUAGUCAUCUACUACCUGCGAUGAGAAGAGGGCGUGUCUUGUUUUAUGGGUUUAGCGGGGCGUUCGGCGCACGGAUACGAUAACUUGAGCGUAUUGCAUGAAUGUUCAUCAGGCCAUGGCCUCUGUCGCUGGGUCUCGUUAAGGACAAUGUAGCUGUUAACGAAGUAAACAGAUCUUGUUAGAGCAGUUACAGCUUAGCGAGCCGAGUAAAGCGCUGACAUUCGCC